CAGUCAGGGAACCGAUAGCUGGCUGGGAAGCGUCGCGCUGGAAAAAUAGGAAAAUAAGUGAAAGAAAGAAAGAAAGAAAUAAAGAAAGAAAAGGAGGAAGAACACGAUACCAAUCUAUACGGGUCUGACCUCAUCUCUUUCCGGGAACAGUGGAUUUACAAUCAGAUGUUUUUCACGGCAGGACUUCGGUUCAAAACAUAACUUUUUUUUUCUUUCUGGAGCUACUUAUCAGGAGUUGUAGGUUGCCACCAAUCUUAUUGUUGAAAAAGAGGCAUUUGUUAAAGAUCAUUACAUUGAAGUACAAUUGAAAGUCAUAAAUUUCGUCUACCUGGACAGCAAACAUUUAAUAAUGAAAGAGCUUUGGAGUUUCCCUUUGAUGAGCCUUGUCACUCUUCUUCUACAGUUUAAUGUUUCCUCUGGAAUUAAAUGGUUAGCUCUUGCUAAAACCCCAGCCUCAUUGCAACUAAACCAGACACAGCACUGCAAGAUACUGGAGGGAUUGGUCUCUUCUCAAGUGCAGCUCUGCCGGAGUAACCUGGAGUUAAUGCAAACCAUUAUUCAGGCAGCAAAAGAAGUCAAAAAGACAUGCCAGAAAACAUUUGCUGACAUGAGGUGGAACUGCUCGUCUAUUGAAUUGGUGCCCAGCUUCUCACCUGACCUAGAGAGAGGGACAAGAGAAGCUGCAUUUGUGUAUGCAUUAUCAGCAGCUGCUAUUAGUCACUUUAUUGCCCGAGCCUGCACUUCUGGUGAUCUUCGAGGAUGCUCCUGUGGGCCAAUCCCAGGAGAAAUUCCUGGGCCAGGCUACCGGUGGGGUGGCUGUGCAGACAACCUGCAUUAUGGACUUCUGAUGGGUUCCAAGUUCUCUGAUGCCCCAAUGAAGAUGAAAAAGUCUGGUUCACAGGCGAAUAAACUGAUGCACCUCCACAACAGUGAAGUGGGACGACAGGCAUUAAGUGAAGCUCUUGAAUUAAAGUGUAAGUGCCAUGGUGUUUCAGGCUCAUGUUCAAUAAAGACAUGCUGGAGGGGCCUCCAAGAUCUUAAGGACAUUGCCAUUGAUUUAAAGACUAAGUACCUGUCGGCUACUAAAGUGGUACAUCGACCAAUGGGCACUCGGAAGCAACUGGUUCCAAAAGAUAUUGACAUCCGUCCAGUACGUGAAAAUGAAUUGGUAUACCUUCAGAGCUCUCCAGAUUUCUGUGCCAAGAAUGAAAAACUUGGUUCCCUCGGAACUCAAGACAGACAUUGCAACAAGACAUCCAUUGGCAGUGACAGCUGUGAUCUUAUGUGUUGUGGACGAGGCUACAACCCCUACACCGAGAAGCUUGUAGAAAGGUGUAACUGCAAAUACCACUGGUGCUGUUAUGUUACAUGCAAGAAAUGCGAGAGAACUGUGGAAAGAUACGUUUGCAAAUGACCUGUUUGGCUUCUACUUCAGUCUUUCCAAUAUGUGAGGCUGCAAUAUAACCAAAGCACUAUGUACUGAGAUGAUGGAUUUUGUCUUAAGCUUGACCAUGUUUAUUUUAUUAAGGACUUUAUUUUAAAGAGCCAACCAGUGGACCUUGCAUCUACAAACAAAUCAGAAAAUGGAUUUUUGCUUAAUGCAUGUGGAUGUUGAAACAUAAUGUCACUGCCUUAUUCCCUUAUGAAUAAAUACCGUAGACAUCUGCAAAGAAGGGAAACAUUUAGCUAAACACAUUGCAAGCGAGAUUGGAAUUCUCAAAGGAAAAAAAUAUAUAAAAUUAUAUAUAAUAUAAAAAUGGUAAAAUACAGCCUGAACAUGAACAUUCUCAUGUUAAAAGUCACAAAUGGAACUCGGAGCGAAUGGUUUGGAUUUCUUCUGCAGUAAAAUUUGGCCGCAUUUUUCGAAGAAAGUCAAAAAUGGUUUGCUUUAGUUUUGGAAGAAGUGACUUUGCAGUGACUGAACUAGAGUAUACGCUGAGAUGGUGGAGUUUGGACUAGAGAGCUUCAGCUUAAUCAAUUAGAGCGCUUGUCAGCACUCUCAAAAUCUUAAAUCAACUUUAGUACAAGUCUCCAUUUGCACAUGAGACUGAGUUAAGGCCAGUAGGAGGUGAGAAAUUUGCGCUGGCAAAUUUGCAUGAUGUGAGGAAUGUAAAUAGUUGAAAUCGACCCAAGCUGGUGCAAGUGAGCUGCAAACAUGGCUCUCCCAUGGCAACAGAAUUUGAAACCACAGUUCUGUGGAUGUAUAUACUAUCUUUUGUAUGCUGAAUUUUAAAAAGAUAUAUUUAUAAACUAAUUAAAGAAUCUUUAACAAACAUGUCAGUGUUAAAUACGCAUUUGAAUACUGUCAUAAUGUCCAAUACAAUACCAUUUAUUUUCUUACGUUUUUAAGAGUGUAUAAUGGUUUCUUUGUUAUGUUUUAACCUCGUCGUCUCAAUACAUUUCUGGGGUGAACUUCUUAACCUGCUUUUUAACAAGCAUAGUGGCAUGGCGUACCUAUAAUCUAGUUUGUUGAAGAUUUUAUUAUUGUACUAAUGAAAAGGAGAAGUUAGUCCUAUUGCAGAAAUAUUACAAACGGCUAUUCUCAAAAAAUGGAAGGUUUUGUCAGUCCCACAAUGUGCAGGUAAGUCAAGUGGACAUCACGUUUGUGUCUAUGACUAUAGAACUGAUAUUCUUGUAGACUACUGAUGGAAAAAUAACCUUUUUUAAAAAUGUAAUUAUAAAGUGUAUUAAAAAUCAUUAUAAAUGAUUAUGGAAGUUAUAAAAUCUCAGUGAGAUGGCAAACAUUUUUGAACUAUUGGGUCUGAAUUAACUGAAAUAUUAAAAGCUUUAUUACAUAAAUCA